CUGAUAAUAAGGCAGAGCUCAGAUCCCAGGUGGGCACCACUUCUCUCCCUAUGACCGGGAAGCUGCUGGAGAAACUCCCCGUGAAUAUGACAUCUCUUCUACCGGAGACUCUGUACCCGGAGGAGGGGCAGGACCUGACCGGAGCCCUGGCCAUCUACCCUGGUGGGGGCAGCGAGCAGCAUUACUCCGCCAUGUCUGCAGAUAACGUGAUGGAUUUAGGUUUACCAAAUGACAAGUCAUCGCAGGAUCUUUCGUACUCAAGUACAUUCCAGCCAGGCAACAAGACUGUCACAUAUCUGGGAAAGUUUUCUUUUGAUUCCCCUUCUAACUGGUGCCAAGAAAACAUCAUCAGCUUAAUGAGUGCUGGUAUCCUUGGUGUACCAACUUCUCAAGCCCCCACUGGUGGUGGAGGAGGGGGAGGAGGAAGUAGUGGGAGCAGUGGAGGCAUUAUGGGUCAGGCACAAAGUGAUGUGGAGUCUAUGUUCCACAGUCUUCCACCUUAUUCUAGUUGUGGGGAUCUGUACCAUGAUCAAGUGGGUUUUCAAGGAGGUGGCAUGACCCCAUACUCCUCACAGGAGUACCCAUCGACUAAGCAAAGUUUAGACUCUAAUGUAUUCCCAAUGAUACCAGACUACAACUUGUUUCACCACAACACAGAGAUACCCACAGUGGACCAAAAACCUUUCCAAAACAUGGAAGCAAUGCGUGUCAACCCACCACCCAUCACUCCAUUGGAAACCAUCAAAGCUUUCAAGGAAAAACAAGUCUUGCCAAGCUUUGGAGGUAUGAACCAUCAACCUCCGCUUACCCUCAAGCCUAUCCGGCCAAGAAAAUACCCCAACCGCCCUAGCAAGACCCCAUUACAUGAGAGACCUCAUGCUUGUCCUGCUGAAGGAUGCGAUAGGCGUUUCUCACGCUCUGAUGAGCUGACCCGCCAUCUUCGGAUCCAUACGGGCCACAAGCCCUUCCAGUGUCGUAUCUGCAUGAGGAGCUUCAGCCGUUCUGACCACCUAACAACCCAUAUCCGCACACAUACAGGGGAGAAGCCCUUCGCUUGUGACUUCUGUGGACGCAAGUUUGCACGCAGUGAUGAGAGGAAGAGACAUGCCAAGAUUCACCUCAAACAGAAAGACAAGAAAGGAGGGGAUAAAGCGGUCUGCUCGCCAUCUGUGGUACCAGUGGUAACCACAUGCGCUUGACUUCUCACCCAGGUGACUUUCCCUGAAGGAGAAUGCUUGAUUCAGUGUCCUCAUCAUUAAAUGCUCUGCAGACUAUUAUUCAAUAUACAGUACUGGUUAUUAUGACUGGUUUAAGGAAAGCCUCACCAAAGCAUCACUGAACAUUGCAUUGUUACUCCUUCAAGGUCCAAUUAUCAGAGCAUUAAACCAUCACACUCCUGAAGACCUCUUUGCCCCACCUUGAUAAAUCUGCAGAGAAUGACUUUCCUUUGUAAGUCUACUCUAUCUGUAGAGCCCUUCUGCUCUCUCUCGUGCAUACCUGCUUCCCUAUCCUCUUUGACUUGUAUAGCCUCACUGAUGUGAAUCUGGCAGCAUAAGGGUCUCAGGGUACACAGGAUUUGGAGAAACUAAUCCUUAGUUCGAGGCAGGGUCGCUUAUUUGCUGCUAUGGCAAAAAAAAAAAAAUUCUGCUGCUAUGUCCAAAUGUUAAUCCUCAUGUGCCUGCUGUCCUCGUCACGUGGCUUCAUUCCUUUUUUUAUCUGUCUGUCAUUCUUUUCGUACUCACCCUGCAGUACUCAUCCUUUUAGUAUCAUAUCUGACACAUUUCACAUCUCUCCUUUAAAGAUUUUUUUCUCAUUCUCUUCCUCUCCACCCCC